GUAAGGAGUGGCACUUUUAAAAGUGCAGCCCGGAGGCCAGCCCGCAGCCGCCGAAGCCCCGGUCCCAAGUCUGCAAACCCUCGUCCCGGCCGCGCGCGCCCCCAGUUCCACACCGGUCCGGCCCAGGCCAGUCUAGCCCGCACCAUGCCGGUCAAAGGAGGCACCAAGUGCAUCAAAUACCUGCUCUUCGGAUUUAACUUCAUCUUCUGGCUUGCCGGAAUCGCAGUCCUUGCCGUCGGACUAUGGCUCCGAUUCGACUCCCAGACCAAGAGCAUCUUCGAGCAAGACAGUCAGCCUUCCAGCUUUUACACAGGAGUUUAUAUUUUGAUUGGAGCUGGUGCCCUCAUGAUGUUGGUGGGCUUCCUGGGCUGCUGUGGAGCUGUGCAAGAGUCCCAGUGCAUGCUGGGAUUGUUCUUCGGCUUCCUCUUGGUGAUAUUUGCCAUUGAGAUAGCUGCGGCCAUCUGGGGAUAUUCCCACAAAGAUGAGGUGAUUAAGGAAGUCCAGGAGUUUUACAAGGACACCUACAACAAGCUGAAGUCCAAGGACGAGCCCCAGCGGGACACCUUGAAAGCCAUCCAUUAUGCGCUGAACUGCUGUGGUCUGGUUGGUGGAGUGGAACAGUUUAUCUCCGACAUCUGCCCCGAGAAGGAUGUUCUGUCAACCAUCACAGUGAAGCCCUGCCCCGAGGCCAUAAAAGAGGUCUUCCACAACAAAUUCCACAUCAUCGGCGCGGUGGGUAUCGGGAUUGCGGUCGUGAUGAUAUUUGGCAUGAUCUUCAGUAUGGUCCUGUGCUGUGCCAUCCGCAGGAGCCGAGAGAUGGUCUAGAGUCAGCUUGCACCCCUGAGCAGGAAAGUCCAGUCCUGAAGAUUGUCGGUUAUUUUCUUGGGGUUCUGUUUUUUAGCUUUGGGGGUUUUUUUGUUUUGUUUUUAUUUUUGUUUUGGGGAUUUUUUUGGUGUUGUCUU